GUUUAGACUUUAGAGCCUCGGCCUUAAAGAAACCACACCCUUCAAUAAUAGCCUCUAUUUAACCCGAAAACACGGACUUCUAACAUUAUAAUUUGUGGAUUCACUAUUCAAAUAAAAAUUCGAAGCGCUUAGAUCUCCUAAUCCAAAGUGAAAAACCCUAAGGUGGCUUUUAAGAUGAUUUUGCUGCAAAAGGAUUGGCGAAGGGGGAAUAAUAAACAGUUUAACUCUGAUUGAUCAAGAAGAUCGGGAAUUUGAAACCGCAGAACCGCAGUCAAGGAUUGAGCAGGUCUCCUUUUGAACGUAACUGGCUUCUGCGACCUCCCACUCUUUGCUUGCCAAGAUUGAAGGUGAGAAAGUUGGAUUUUGAAGGGGAGGUGACUUCAUAUCAUUGGAGAAUCUGUUCUUCUUCACUAAGACCUUUCCAAGAAGCUGUAUAUUUCAUUUUUGUAACGGUGAUAAACUUAACAUCGUGGUUGGCUUUCUCCUGCUAUGGAAGUGAUCAAUUGGGCAGAUUCUGAUGAAACAAUUGAUUCAAACUUCUGCAUCAAGGAAUUAAACGAUGAGGAGAAUCUAUACAUGUCUGGUUCCAUCCCAAGGUUGCAAUUUAGAAAAGAGGCAUCCAUUGCUCGAUGGGUUCAAAAGAUGGGUAUGGCAGAAGUGAUUGAAAGAAAAGGUGGGAUGUGGACGACAACAGGGAUAGUUCGUCAAGGCAAACUCUAUUGUUUAAUCGAAGAGGCCUUAUUCUUGGUAGAAAGAGGGGCUUUAAUUCUCUUAAAUGGUGAUACUGAUACUGCUUUAGGGUUGAAAGAGAUAUACGGUUUGGUUCAAGAGAGAACUUAUGGCUCUUCAUGGGAGUGUUUUGAGGCUUACAGGCAUCUGAAGUCACUUGGCUAUGUAGUGGGCCGUCAUAAUCUUCCUUGGACAUUGAAAAGUGAGAAGAUUUCCACUCCUGAGUCUUUCAGAGAGGAACCAAAGGAUAGAUUAAAAGAGGGUGUUUCUCUCUCUAAAAAGAUUGAAGCCAUGAAUUUCUCUGACCGUGAGAAACCCCAUAAUUUCUCUUGCAUUGUGAUGAGUGAGAAAUGUUGCUCUUCCGAGCAUGUUGGAGUUGCAGAGAACUGUGAGCAAUCAAACAAUGAAUUGGGUAAGGGUGUUUCACUCUCUAAAAUGAUUGAAGACAUGAUAAUCUGUGCAAAAUCGGAGCCGAUAUUUGAUGUGUAUCUCCCAGACAGGCGGUUCCGAAAAUCUGCUCCGGUCAAUCCCAGUUUUGUGCUCUGCGCCGGAGGGGAAGAACCUCCAAUUAAAGCUGCAGUCAAAAGGCUAAGCGAGGCAUGUGGAGAAAUUCCCCUCAAGUUUUUUCAAUCCGAGUCAGGUCGACUGAGUUUCUUUGAAUUUGAGAAAGUAGAGUUGCCUCUCUUGCCGUGAUAAGUAUUUCAGCAAUUUUAAACAUAUUCUUUGUUUUGAGUUUUUCAUGUUAUAUUUUGCUCUUGCUGCCAAAGAUCGCAUUGGAUUUAAGUCUGCAGUAUUUGUAAAAAUAUAGAAUUCUUUUCUGCACAUCUUUUGCAUUUCAACUCUUUUGCGUAAUUACUUAUUAUCAAAACAUGUUAAAAGAUGAGCAGUGGAAAGUUAAUAGAAGCCUAUUGUGGAUGA